AUGACAACGCUGCUGUACGAAUGGUCGCGUGAUCUAUCACGACAGCGGAUCAUGACCGAGAUCAUAACUUUUACGGAUCUAGUGAGCAAGUAUAACGAGUAUCAGAUGAUCGCGCGGCCAUUGUUCGUUGUUCUUCUCGACACCGGGGAGACCAUGAGCGAAUUCGUCGAGGUCACGAGGAGCAUAAAGCCCAUCUCUUUCCCCGCCUGGUUGAUCAUGUUUCUGCAACGUCCCGGAAAACCGCUCGAAAAAUAUUGUCGACAUCCCGCUGACAACAUGUUCAAUGUAGACUUCAACACUCUCAUGCUGGUCCUGUGCUACGAUCAUCCGAGCCUGAUGGAGUGGUACGCCAUACGCGACAAUUACACCAGGACGUUCGAGCUGGCCACGUGGGCCACUGACGGAGGCCUAUCUUUUCAGACGCGAAAGAGCCUCUAUGCCAGAAGGAGCAACAUGUUUGGCGACAUCGUACGCGUGGCGUCCGUGAAGGAUUCGCCAUUUUUCUCGCUGGAGAACGGGACGAUCGGAGGAUUUCUCGGUUUACUGAUGAUAGAGCUCAGCAAAGUGAUGAAUUUUACGAUGAAGAUUCUGGAUCCAAUGGAAGCGUAUGGCAUUUGGAAUUACCAGGAGAAGGUGUGGACUGGCGUGAUGGGCCAAUUGGUGAACGACAAAGCCGAUAUCGGCGUCUCCGAAUUUACGAUAAUUCCGUUUAGGUUGAAAGCCGUUGACUUCACGCUGCCAUUGAUACAUUCGCGAAGUCGCAUCUAUUUUAAGCAGCCCAGUGGAGUUAAUGUGCAUUGGUGUGGAUAUUACAAGGCCUUUAGCUCCGGAAUUUGGAUAAUGUUAGCGACGACAAUAAUAACUGCUUCUAUUCUGCUAAGUAUUAUUAAGACAAAAGAGUACUUUUCGAUGAAUCUAAUAUUCGAAAACUAUGUUUAUGUUUGGGGUGUUUAUUGUCAACAAGGUUUCUCAGAUUUUCCCAAUAAGUUGUCAAUGAGACUGGCCAUUUUUUCGAUUUACGUCUCGUCGUUGAUAAUCACAUCCGCUUAUUCAGCCUCGUUGAUUAGCUUCCUGACACUUACUAAGACCAACCUGCCUUUCUCCACUCUGGAGGGUUACGUUGAGGACGGCUCUUAUAAAUUAAUCGUUGUGAAAAACAGCGCCGAGCUCCAUUUAGUUAAUGUGAGUUCGCUCUGUUAUCCAUUAAAAAUAUUGUUUGAAUAA